AGAGCUCGCGCGCCUCGCACCCUUUGGGCUCUGGGCUUUGCGGAGCUGAUUAAGUGAAAUAGUCACUGGCAGAUAAGGCUGAUCCAGAGGCACGGACAGUCCGGAUCAAAGUCCACAGGUACGACCGAAGACCGUUACCUCGGUGCCCUGCGCACGCUCUGCCGACAGAGAGAUCAAGAUCACGAACUUUCGCAGACCGCUGCAUCGACAGCGGGCCCCCUUUGCAUACACCCUGCCUCACUCUCCGGCUGCCUCUCUGUCACUGGCUGCUGUCACCGGAGGGAGAGAGGGAGGGCGAACUCGUCCUAGAGGCAGCAGGGCCACACUGCAACAGCCGCCCCCGGGUUUGACCGAGCUGCGCUGUCUCCUCGCGAACUGCUGCCAGAGAGAGAGAGAAGUUGUCAAUGACCUGCCGUUGUUUGGUUGAAAGCUCAGCCUCGUAUCGGGCGUUCAUGGCCUGUGUGAAUGACAGCGAGCAGGGCGGAACCGGUUCCUCUUUGCCGAUGGCCUAAUUGUCAGUCCUGUAUACAGCUAUUUCUUUUCGAUACGUGGCGACAUCGCUCCUUUUUCUUUUUUUCUGCGCGUGAUUCAACUUACUGCAAAUGAGCGCAAGUCUCGGCUCGUGUGAGGUUCAUCAUCGUCUUCAUCAUCAUCAGCAGCGGCAGCAGCAGGAGAAGAAGAAGAAGAGGACCUUAUAGGGAACAGAAGCGGCGGACGAAGUUGGAUUAUUGUUGCGCGCGUUAGUGCGUGGUUCUCUCCUUUUUUUCUUUCCCCUCCCCUGUUCGUUAAGUUUUAUUUUACCAGAGGAAGCCAUGACUUCGGUUUGGAAAAGACUGCAGCGAGUUGGUAAAAAGGCUUCAAAGUUCCAGUUUGUCGCUUCUUACCAGGAACUCGUUUUGGAGUGCACCAAGAAAUGGCAACCAGACAAGCUGAGAGUGGUGUGGACCAGGAGGAACAGACGCAUGUGUUCCAAGCUCCACAGUUGGCAGCCUGGAAUCAAGAACCCCUACCGGGGCAUGGUGGUUUGGCCUGUCCCAGAGAACAUUGACAUCUCUGUUACACUCUUCAAGGAGGCCAACGCUGAUCAGUUUGAGGACAAAGAGUGGACGUUUGUCAUCGAGGGUGAGAACAAGGGGCAUCGUAAGGUGCUGGCAUCGGCUGACAUCAACCUGAAGCGGUUUGCCAGUCCCAUGCCGACCCAGACUGACCUGACCCUGAAGCUGAAGCCUCUGUCUGUCAAAGUGGUGGAGGCCACACUCAAGCUGUCGCUGUCAUGUGUCUUUGUUCGCGAGGGAAAAGCCACUGACGAAGACAUGCAGAGUCUGGCUAGCCUGAUGAGCGUCAAACCCUCAGAUGUCGGCAACCUGGACGACUUCAACGAGAGCGAUGAAGAGGAGGACAAGAAGUCUGUCACUGCUACAGGUGGUCCAGGGGCGUGCCUGACGUCUGACUCUGCUCUGAUUGGAGGCGACAUCACCCCUGUCCCUCUGCUGAGUAGUCCCGAUCUUGAUGCUCUCUGCGACCCCGCGGCUCCAACCCUUCCUGCCUCCCUCCCACGCUCCUCACCCCCUCGCUCUUCUUCUCGUUCCACCUCUAUUUUAUUCUCCUCUCCUCACCCUCAGCUCACUGCCUCUCCUUCUGCUCCGCCUGAUCAGAUCAGCUCCUGCCAGUCAGGCUCAAUGUUCCCCCUCACUCAAGCAGACAAGGAACCAACUUCGAGCCCUCUGAGCCGCGGUGAAGAAGUGGCCAACAUCAGAAUAUGCAACCAGCCAAUCAGACCAGCCCAGGACUCAAAGGCAGCUAUUCCAGAAAACAAAUCUGAACCAGGGAGGACCAGUCUGGGGCAACCCUCUCUCAUAAAGGAAGGUUCAUUGUCAAACGUUGUUGUCCCUGAAAAGAAAGUAUCUGCCACAUGCACUCCACCUGGCAUCCAUUCAGGCCCCACUGUUCACCCCCCUGCUCAGGAUAAACCAAUCACUUUAGAGGUCUUGACCCUGGUGACACCUCCAAAGAGGCUGUGUGAUGCAGAGAUUCCUCUAUGGACGGUGCUAGAAGGGAGAAGUGGGAACGAUACACCUGAAAAAAUCUCUGCAAAGGAGGGUACAGAACCUUUGUGCAGAGGCUCACACAGCGAAGAUGCUGCUGAGUUGGACACCCCUGUCACACAGGAGCGCCAGCCAAUCACAGCCAAAGACUCAGAGACACAUCACGUUGUGCCACCUCCUGCUGAACCUACUGCACCAUCAGUUAAAGAGGAGCCCAAAGAGCCAGAGGGACCCAGCGUGGAACCCGAAACCUCGCUCGAGGUUUCCCCCAAACCAGCCGGCGAGCGCACGGCCUUGGCACUGGAGCCGCUGCUGCCCUCAAAACCAGAACCAGGACUGCGGCCGGAACCAGUCCUCCGGCCGUCAGGAAAACCACCACAGGAGGGAGCAGAUGAGGAGAAACUGGCAGACAGCACGGCUGGUGGUGAGGAGCCAGCUAACAAUAAGGAGCCAGCGUGCGAGGCGGAAAAGCAGCUGUGGGCAGCUGUGGAGGAGACCACAGCGGAGACUGGAGCAGAAAGAGGGAUGGAAAGUAGUGAGAGCACUGAAGAGAAAGAUGAGAAGGAGCAGAAGGAGGAGGGUGUAAUAGGGGGGCCAAAACACCAACCGGCCAACCUCCCCGAUGGUGGACAGAAGAAACCACCAUUGCAGCUUGAAGGCACGUCCAGCACAAACACCAGUAAUAAACACAUAGACAUACACUUCACUUCUCCCCACCCUUGUGAGAUGAAGACAUCUUGGCUUCCUACAUUACCAGAGGAAGAAACCACUGACAUUAAGACUCCUGAUCCAGUUCCAACCUUCAGAGAGGAGGCUGAUGGGAAGGAUGACACAGCUGAGGACCUGGUGAACUCCAGCCAGUCGCUGCUCCAGUGGUGCCAGGACAUCACCAGCGGGUACCAGGGGGUAAAGGUCACAAACUUCAGCACAUCCUGGAGGAACGGCCUGGCCUUCUGUGCCAUCCUACAUCACUUCCAUCCAGACAAAAUAGAUUUUGACCGUUUAGACCCUCAUGACAUCAAGCUCAACAACAAAAAGGCAUUUGACGGUUUCGAGGCACUGGGCAUUUCUCGUCUGUUGGAGCCGUCCGACAUGGUUCUUCUGUCCGUCCCCGACAGGCUAAUAGUCAUGACCUACCUCAGCCAGAUCCGCUCACACUUCACCAACCAGGAGCUGAGCGUGCUGCAGAUAGAGCACAACAGCAGCCAGUCCAGCUACGGCCUCACCCCCUCUGGUCCUGCUCCCACUAAUGUCGAUGCUGCCGCUUUCUGCAUGGCCAGAUUGAACGAAGGAGUGAGUCUAGAGGAAGGAGGAAGCAGCAUGUUGGUCGUCCCGCCGCCGAGGACCAAACGACUGGUUAAAGGUGACGAGUCAAUAACCCCAGUCCCACCCCCAAGGUCGGUUACCAAGGCAGUCAAAUCUGGACUAACUCAGGAUGAAGAUACAAAGACAAGCUCUGCAACAGAAAACAUUAAUAAUACAGAGUUGCAGACUGCAGCUGAGACAGAGCCUCCCAAGCAAGAAGCAGAAACAAUGUGUCUGCAGGACACCAGUCAGUAUGUGCUGAGUGAGCUGGCAGCGUUGGAGACGGAGCAGAAGCACAUCGACAGCAGAGCCGCUGUGGUGGAGCGACGACUGCGAAGCCUCAUGGAAACAGGAAGUGACCGUGAUGAAGAGGAGAGACUGAUCCAGGAGUGGUUUACCCUAGUGAACAAGAAGAACGCUCUCAUACGCAGACAGGACCACCUGGAACUACUGCAAGAGGAGCAGGAUCUGGAGCGGCGAUUUGAGCUUCUGACCAGAGAACUACGGGUCAUGAUGGCUAUAGAAGACUGGCAGAAGUCAUCCACUCAGCAGCAGAGGGAACAGCUGCUCCUCCAAGAGCUGGUGUCCUUGGUCAACCAACGGGACGAGAUCAUCAGAGACAUCGACGCCAAGGAGAGAGGGGCACUGGAGGAGGAUGAGCGAUUGGAGCGCGGUCUAGAGAUGAGGAGGAGAAAAUACAGCAACAAAGACAAAUGUGUCCUACAGUGAGGAGAGAGGACAAGCCCAGACAUCUUCUACUACUGAGCCACUGAAGUCGCGGAAGAGUGUAUUUUUGUAUCUUGUUCAUAAUUUGUGUGCGCAGGAUAAAAACAUAUCAUUCAAGACUUUUGGGGCUCCCUAUUUUCCUUUUUUUUUGUUGGUGUUCUUGUUGUUGUUGUUUUUAAGUGAAAAGUGCCUUUAUUUUCCUGGAAAACUGCCAGAUUGGGGCAGCAAACUGUGCCUUCUUUGAUGUUUGUUUGUUAAUGUCAAAGUUUAAUUGUUUUCAGCCUGUCUCAAUGUAAUAGUAUUAUUUUGAUUCUACUCACCUAUUUUUAUUUAUUUAAAUGAUGUGUGAGAUUGCUAUACAUCUAUUGCACAUAUGGUAUUGUGUGUGUGUGUGUGUGUGUGUGUGUGUGUGUGUGUGUGUAUAUUCUUCUGUUAGUUCAUUCAGUAUUUGAACACUGGGUUUUCCUGUCAUUUGUUUUUUUUUUUGGGAAGGUGCUUUAAUUGUCAAAAUUAAAGAAGAAAUGUGCCAUAUCCUUGUAACUUUUACGGUAAAUACUUUUUAAUUUUGAUAAGCACAAAUUUAAAAAAAAAAAAACGGUUCUGUUUCUGGUAAUAUUUGUCUUAAAUUUCUGUGUCAGACAUUUCCACCCUGAAAAAAUAUCUGUUAACAUGCCAAGUGGUUUCAGAUAUAAAUCUUGCACGUGACAAGUCAUGAGCUGGCCUCAAACCCACAAUGUUGUACGGGGUACAUGUUUUCAACUGCAGGAUGAUCCCAACAUCACAUUUUGACAUAGCCUGAAAGAAUUUCCACUUAUUGCAAUAUUAUAUAUUUCUUUCUUUUUUUAGAUGUUAGAGCUUGAAAGUGUUCUUCAUAUUAACGAUGCUCAAGGGGGUUUCUAUCUUAAAGUAUUUAUUGUAAGUUACACUCUGAGUGCCUUGAAUCAACCAUAAUAUGUAUGGUUGUGGUUGUGCUUUAUUCACAGAAAUAAACCUGUUUCCCCAUUUCUGUGAUGUUUGACUACUGUAUGCAUGCUUUUUGAGGUGUGCUGUUAAAGUGGUACGCUGCUUCACGUCACUACUGUAUGCCUAUCACACUGUAUACCAGAUGUUGCUGUCUAUGUUUACUUUGAUGAAUGAUGUUGAUAAUUCUGGUGAAGAAAAAUAAAGA